UCAGUCUAUUUCUGGAGCUCCUCAAAACCAGUCGGAAUAACAUGUCUUCUGCAAAGAAAUUGCGCCUUGCCCUCGUGCAGAUGCACGGCUCUGCGGACAAGAAUGCCAAUCUGAAGCACGCCGGAGAUUUGAUCCGCCAAGCUGUGACGAAGUACGAUCCGCACAUUGUAUGCCUUCCGGAGUUCUUCAAUGCUCCGUACCAGACCAAUCUCUUCCGCACCUAUGCUGAGCCCAUUCCCGAGGGGCCGACCAGCAACUUCCUCUCGUCUCUGGCGAAGGAACUCAACGUACACAUCGUGGGCGGAUCCAUUCCCGAGAUUGACAAUGAGAAGCUCUACAACACAUGCACUCUGUGGUCGCCUCGCGGUCAUCUCGUGGUGAAGCAUCGCAAAGUGCAUCUCUUCGAUCUGAACGUGCCCGAAGUGAUCGACUUCAAGGAGUCUUCAGCUCUCACGCCCGGAGAUGUUCUCACCAUGGCGAAAAUCGACCCGGCUUGUGUUGGAUUUGGCAUCUGUUUCGAUAUUCAAUUCCCGGACAUGUGGAUGAAGUACCGCGAGAAGGGAUGCAACCUUAUGAUCAUCCCCUCUGCUUUCCCAGUCAAGUAUGGCGAUCGGUACUGGGAAUUGUAUCUGAGAGCCAGAGCUGUUGACACGCAGAGUUACGUGACGAUGAUCUCGCCAGCAAGGAAUGUGAAUGCCAAUUACGUGUCUCAUGGUUUCACGAUGAUCGUUGAUCCUUACGGGAAUGUUGUGGCGUCUGCCAAGGAAGGCGAGGAGACCGUUUUUGCUGAAAUCGAUUUCUCCCUUGUGGAGAAGGCCAGGAAGGAGAUUAAGCUCUUCGAUAUGCGCAGGACGGAUAUGUUCGAGUUGGUGCUGAAAUCCGAAGAGUAGAUUGUCCAACGAGCUUUGCAAUUGCAGUUUUUGAUCAAUCGUUGUAUGCGCAUGUAAAGGAAAUAUUCUCAAAUAUAUCUCUCUAUUUUUUCACGCUUUA